GUUUGGAGCCACGCCUCCAUUAGCAGACCAGGAACGUCGCUGCUCCACGUACACUAUCACACAUACGUACCGUAUACGCACAGCAGCAUCAUGCAGCUUGGGCUCUCGCUGACUGGAGGGCCGGGAGCACCUGCUGCCUUCCAGGGGCCCCGAGCAAGCUAUGUUGCUCUUUCUGCCAUCACUACAAUAGGUCUAACACUGCUCACGUCAAUUUGGAUUUACAGCGAUGGGGUCAGUGCAGUAAUCGCGCUGAUGGGCCUGCUCUCGAUUUACCUGGCCAGCUCGGAGCUGCUGGUGCUGUUCACUGUUUUCAGCAGCGCAUCCGUCAUUAUAGAUAUCAUCCGCCUUUCAGUGUCUACCCACCACCUGACCCGGGGACGUGGAUGGCUCCUCUUUUUCGCAAUUCUCGAAAUGCUCUGCAAGGUGGCAGGCGCAGUUCUGGCCUGGAGUCUACACCGCUCCUCUACGCAGGGCGAGGUGCCUUACCAGCCCGUGUCGUCUUCCGCUGGGGCGCACCACCAGGGUGGCGCUGGGGGUGGAAGCGGUGCUGCAGGAGGCUACGGGCAAAUGCCCUCGGCCGACCCCUUCGCCGGCUACCACCGCCACAGCCGGACGCGCUGCACCCGCCGCUGUCCUCCACGUACCAACCUUUCCCCUCUAGCCAGCCCACAUCCGUGGCACACAUAUGAGUCGGCAACAACAUCGAAGCUUCACCCCUCCAGGUGGACAAUCCUGGUUCCGGAUGCAGCACCUCAGUUCCUUGUGCAGCAGGUGUGUGACUGAUGAGUGGCAUCAACCCUCGACGGGACACAUAUGGGGUGUUUAAUCACGUUAAUUUGACUGUGACAGAUCUUGCAGCAGCAAGCUGUAGCAGGUCAGAUAUCAUGUUGCUUAGCAUGAUUGGGACGGCGAUCACAGCAUGUAUGUUGGCCUUGAAAGAUUGGAGUAGAAACCCUAUGGGCCAUGGGCCACCAAAGGAAGCUUUGCGUGGUCAGCAUCUGGGUCAGCCUCGAGGCUCGUGUGUGCCGUGGUGCUGGACAGAGGCUUGAGCAGACGUUAUACAGGCAGGCCGCGACUAGGGGCCGUCACUGAUAGCAGCGGAUAUGGAUUCAGCAGACGGGUCGUUGUGGGGAAUAGACGGGGGGGCUGCAGGCCAGGAGUGGGGCACGCGUGAAUUGGGCGUUGCUCACUCAAGCUUAAUGAAUCGAACGGGCAGACAAAUGUGCACUUGAUAAUUUUCCGCUUGGCAGGGUACAAAGCGUGUGGUCGCCGCUCCGCGAUUCUGCUUGACCAAUCCACCAAC